CCACCACUUUACUCCACCCCGUGGGUAAUCACUUUGAUCAGUAUGAAGAAGGACAUUUGGAAAUAGAACAAGCAUCACUUGACAAACCUAUAGAAUCGGAUAAUAUUGGACACCGCUUACUCCAGAAACAUGGGUGGAAGCUGGGCCAGGGAUUGGGAAAAUCUCUCCAGGGGAGAACAGAUCCCAUUCCGAUCGUUGUCAAGUAUGAUGUCAUGGGCAUGGGUCGCAUGGAAAUGGAGCUUGAUUAUGCUGAAGAUGCUACCGAACGGCGCCGUGUCCUAGAAGUGGAAAAAGAAGACACAGAAGAGCUGAGACAAAAAUACAAGGAUUAUGUUGACAAAGAGAAGGCAAUUGCCAAAGCCUUGGAAGACCUCAGAGCCAACUUUUACUGUGAGCUCUGUGAUAAGCAGUAUCAGAAACAUCAGGAAUUUGACAACCAUAUCAACUCCUAUGAUCAUGCACACAAGCAGAGAUUAAAAGAUCUCAAGCAGAGGGAGUUUGCUCGAAAUGUCUCUUCAAGAUCCCGCAAGGAUGAGAAGAAACAAGAAAAAGCCCUUCGGCGGCUACAUGAGUUGGCAGAGCAAAGAAAACAAGCUGAAUGUGCACCUGGAAGUGGUCCCAUGUUCAGACCAACCACAGUGGCUGUAGAUGAAGAAGGUGGAGAUGAUGAUAAGGAUGAAUCAGCUACAAACAGUGGCUCGGGCGCCUCUGCCACUUGUGGCCUGGGAGCUGAUUUCUCCACAGAUAAAGGAGGUCCUUUCACCACAGUACAGAUCACUAAUACCACUGGACUGGCACAGGCUCCUGGGUUACCCUCUCAAGGCAUCAGCUUUGGCAUUAAGAAUAAUCUGGGGACCCCACUACAAAAAUUGGGAGUGUCAUUUUCUUUUGCUAAGAAGGCUCCUGUCAAACUUGAAUCAAUAGCAUCAGUUUUCAAGGACCAUGCAGAAGAAGGGACCUCUGAAGAUGGAACAAAAACUGAUGAGAAGGGAUCUGACCAAGGACUGCAGAAGAUUGGAGACUCUGAUGGUAGUAGUAAUCUUGAUGGUAAAAAGGAGGAUGAGGACCCUCAGGAUGGAGGGUCCCUUGCUUCAACACUAUCCAAGUUAAAAAGGAUGAAACGAGAAGAAGGAGCCGGGGCUACAGAGCCAGAGUAUUACCACUACAUCCCCCCAGCACACUGCAAAGUAAAGCCUAAUUUCCCCUUUCUACUCUUUAUGAGAGCCAGUGAACAAAUGGAAAGUGAUCAUAGUACACCCCCGAAGAAUGCUCCAGAAAGCAAAAAAAGCAGCUCUCCUAAGCCAAAAGGCUGUGUCAAGGCAACAGCAAGCCAAGGACCAGAAAAAACAGUUAGUGAAAUCUCUGAGCAAAAGGAAACUGGUGUGGUCGAGCCCUCAGAGCCUGGAAGCAAAGCUGAGACAAAAAAGGCCUCAGGAGAGGAUGUAAGUGAGCAGGGCUUAGAGAGUCCGAGUCAGAAGGCUUCAGAGAUGCAAACGUGUGAGUCUAACCCUUCUAAAGAAACCUCUCAGGCCACCCCAGCAGGGAAAGAAAGCCAGGAGGGCCCCAAACAUCCUACUGGUCCUUUCUUUCCAGUUUUGAGCAAAGAUGAAAGCACUGCCCUCCAGUGGCCGUCAGAACUACUAAUUUUCACCAAGGCAGAACCUUCCAUUUCAUACAGUUGUAACCCUUUAUACUUUGACUUUAAACUUUCAAGGAACAAAGAUAACAGAGCUAAAGGGACAGAAAAACCAAAAGAUGUAGGAAGCACUUCAAAGGACAGUCUACAAGGCCUUGACUCUAGUGAGCCAAAUAAAAGCAAAGAGGAGGAGGAGAAUGUAGUACGUCCAUCAGGAGGGAGAGUGGACGCCCCUGCUUCAGGUUCUACCUGUAGCAGCCUGAACAAGCAGGAGCCUGGAGGCAGUCACGGGUCAGAGACAGAAGAUACAGGAAGAAACCUUCCUAGCAAGAAAGAACGAUCUGGAAAGUCUCACCGACACAAAAAGAAAAAGAAGCACAAAAAAUCCAGCAAACACAAACGGAAACACAAGGCUGACACGGAAGAGAAAAGCUCUAAGGCAGAGUCUGGAGAGAAGUCUAAAAAGCGCAAGAAACGAAAACGAAAGAAGAAUAAGUCAUCAGCUCCGGCAGAUUCUGAACGAGGACCCAAACCAGAACCCCCUGGGAGUGGCAGCCCUGCCCCACCUAGAAGACGACGACGAGCUCAAGAUGACUCCCAGCGGAGAUCCCUCCCAGCUGAGGAAGGGAACAGUGGCAAGAAGGAUGAAGGUGGGGGUGGUAGCAGCUCCCAAGAUCACGGUGGGAGGAAACACAAAGGUGAACCUUCAGCCUCUUCCUGCCAGCGAAGAGCUGGCACCAAAAGGAGCAGCCGGUCUAGUCAUCGGAGCCGACCCAGUAGUGGAGAUGAGGAUAGUGAUGACGCUUCAUCACGCCGGCUGCAUCAGAAGUCUCCAUCCCAGUACAGUGAGGAGGAGGAAGAGGAGGAGGAAGACUCAGGCAGUGAGCAUUCCCGGAGCCGCUCACGGUCUGGCCGGCGCCAUUCCUCACACCGUUCCUCCCGACAUUCUUACUCGAGUAGCUCAGAAGCUUCUUCAGACCAGAGCUGCUAUAGUAGACAACACAGUUACUCUGAUGACAGCUACAGUGACUAUAGUGACCGAUCACGAAGGCACUCCAAGCGUUCCCAUGAUUCUGAUGACUCAGACUAUGCCAGCUCCAAGCACCGGUCCAAACGGCAUAAAUACUCAUCAUCUGAUGAUGACUAUAGUCUCAGUUGCAGCCAGUCCCGAAGCAGAUCUCGUAGUCACACCAGAGAACGCUCAAGAUCCCGGGGCCGCAGCCGGAGCAGCAGUUGUAGUCGCAGCCGAAGCAAGCGGAGAAGCCGCAGCACCACAGCCCACAGCUGGCAACGGAGUCGGAGCUAUAGCCGAGACCGAAGCCGCAGCACCAGGAGCCCUUCCCAGAGAUCAAGCUCCAGGAAGGGAUCAUGGGGUCACGAGAGCCCUGAGGAGAGACGCUCUGGGCAUCGGGACUUCAUUCGCUCUAAGAUCUACCGCUCCCAGUCUCCCCACUAUUUCCGAUCAGGCCGGGGCGAAGGAACUGGGAAGAAAGAUGAUGGCAGAGGAGAUGACAGUAAAGGGACAGGCCCACCCUCCCAGAACAGCAACACUGGUACAGGGAGGGGAUCAGAAAGUGACUGCAGCCCUGAAGACAAGAACUCAGUCACUGCCAAACUGCUGCUGGAGAAGAUUCAGUCUAGGAAAGUGGAGAGAAAACCCAGUGUGAGUGAGGAGGUGCUGGCCACCCCUAAUAAAGCUGGACUCAAGCUCAAAGACCCCCCACAAGGUUACUUUGGGCCCAAGCUUCCCCCAUCUCUUGGCAAUAAGCCUGUUCUUCCACUGAUAGGGAAGCUUCCAACUACCCGAAAGCCCAACAACAAGAAAUGUGAAGAGUCUGGCUUGGAAAGGGGGGAAGAACAAGAACAGUCAGAGACGGAAGAGGGGCCCCCAGGGAGUAGUGAUACCCCAUUUGGACAUCAGUUUCCCUCAGAGGAAACAGCUGGCCCCUUAUCAGACCCACCUCCUGAAGAGCCAAAGUCUGAAGAAGCUUCUGCUGAUCACCCUGUGGCUCCACUAGGCACCCCUGCACAUUCUGACUGCUACCCUGGGGACCCAACCAUCUCCCAUAACUACCUCCCUGACCCCAGUGAUGGGGACACCCUAGAGUCCCUAGAUAGUGGUAGUCAGCCAGGACCUGUGGAAUCCAGCUUGCUGCCUAUAGCACCAGACCUUGAGCACUUCCCCAGUUAUGCACCUCCCAGUGGGGAGCCUAGUAUCGAGUCGGCAGAUGGGGCUGAAGAUGCUUCACUGGCCCCCCUGGAGAGCCAGCCCAUCACCUUCACCCCUGAGGAGAUGGAGAAGUACAGUAAGCUCCAGCAGGCCGCUCAGCAACACAUCCAGCAGCAGCUUCUGGCCAAGCAAGUAAAGGCCUUUCCAGCUUCAGCUGCCCUGGCCCCAGCCACACCAGCUCUGCAACCCAUCCACAUUCAGCAGCCAGCCACAGCCUCUGCCACCUCCAUCACAACUGUCCAGCACGCCAUCCUCCAGCACCAUGCUGCAGCAGCUGCUGCCGCCAUUGGCAUUCACCCCCACCCUCAUCCCCAGCCACUUGCCCAGGUGCAUCACAUUCCCCAGCCCCAUCUGACUCCCAUUUCCUUGUCUCACCUCACUCACUCAAUUAUCCCUGGCCAUCCUGCCACCUUUCUCGCUAGCCAUCCCAUCCACAUCAUUCCCGCCUCUGCCAUCCAUCCUGGGCCCUUUACUUUCCACCCUGUCCCACAUGCUGCCCUUUACCCUACGCUCCUUGCUCCACGGCCUGCUGCAGCAGCUGCCACUGCCCUCCACCUUCACCCACUACUUCACCCCAUCUUCUCAGGUCAGGACCUGCAGCACCCCCCGAGCCAUGGCACAUGAGUUGGCAGGUGGGAGCCUAGGUAGUGCCAGGGAAGGUGACCUAUAAGUCUUCCCUUGGGGGUGUUGAGCCAUUAAUACCAGCAAGUAGAAGCUGGGAUGGGCAGUGUCUGACAGCCAAAGAAUUGAGUUUUGGCUUGCAGGGGUGGGUUUAGAUUUGAGGUUUGCUUUGGGUUUACUAUCAGGGAUUUUUUUUUUUUUUCUUCUCCUUAUUUUUCCCCUCUCCUGUGUUUGUAAGCUAGGGAACACCAAUAAGUGCUACCCACCCCUCUGCAGCAACAUCUCUAAACCGUCAUGUUUAAAUAGCCCCCUUCUCACAGUACUUUUUAGUCCUUCACCCUUCUAUAAAUUUAAAAACGUUUUUCUCCUCUCUGGCUGGCUGGUUGUCACCAAAGCACUUGUUGAGGACCCAUCUGGUCCUGCCUUCUCAGUGCCACAAGGAAGGCCAAGCCGUCUUUCUAGUAGUGAUACCACCACUUUGGGGCAGUAUCUUUGACCAAUUCAUUGGUGACCUUAUGUUAUCCCAGGUGAGGUUGAAAGGGAGUCUGGCCUGGAACCAGGUACAACUCAGGCUGCAAUUAGAUCCAUUUCCCACCCAAACAGAGCCACACAUUUGGCAUUGUCCUUGUAUCCCUCAUCCCAGAAGAGGCAUCUGCAUAUCCCAGAAAAGAAGAUCUAUCAUGAAUAGAAGCUUUGCGGAACACGGAGUCGCCCAUGUGCUUCCCCAGGGAGGAGCUCAUGUGUCUGAAGGGUAUAUUUUCUCCUGUCGUGUUGAUGUUUCCUUCUUAAUUUAUAGGAUUUUUUAAUGUAAAAAAAUUGCACUGAACUCUAUAAACGUAAAUGCUGCUUUUUGUAGCUCAUAUAAAAAAGGUUCCAUAUUUGUAGUAUACUGCAAUAAUAUUUUUUACAUCCAGCUCUUUAAGUGAUCCUUGUUCUGGUGGCUUUGUGUAAAUAUGUUUGCCCUAGUUGAAUUAAGAAACUUUAAAGGUUAUAAAACGAAAACAAAAAAUAAAGUAUUUGUUUUCUGCUAGAUGCAAAAAUGACUAAGCAUGUAUAUUUUAUCAAACUCAUGUAUUUUUUGAAGUUAUGAACUAUAAAAAUGUUAAAACAACACUUUUUGCUGGGACAAAAUGCUAAGUGAUUCACUGUAGGUGGUGCCCCUGACACUGGGACUUUUGAGCUGAUGGACAGAAAUCAGCUGGGUGUGUGAGCAGAAUGUUCAGUUGUGACAGUCUUCCUCACAGGCUUUGUUUUAUACAGAGAAACAGGUAGACCCCACAGAGGAGGAGGGGAAGAUUCAACAGCUUUAUUCUCUGGAAGCAGUGAGAAUCAUUGGUUGUCUGGGGGGAUUCUUGGGUUUUCCUGGGUCCCUUUUCAAGCAGUCUCUUUGCCUUCCUAGUAUUUAGUCCCCUCUGACAAUUUUUUAAAUGUGCCUUUUGGGUUGCCUUGAAACUGAAGCAGAAGUAGACUGGAGGAUGAUAGAGUUGGGACAGUUUUUUUGUUUUGUUUUUUUGUUUUUUUUUCUCGUUAAGAGGUGAGCACAUUUUUAGAUCAAAUACUUUGGCUCUAUAGUUUCCAUGUCUUCUUCCCAGCUAAGUUUAAGUGGUGAAAGUUCCUUUUCUCUUUUCUCCGAUGACAUUGACCAUAGUAGUUACCACCUCAGCCCCGCCCUCCCAUCUUCCUGCCUUCUACCCAGGCUCUGAGCCCUAACCCACACUGACCCAAAGCUGCUGGUAUUGCAGUGUAGGUAGCAGUUCACUCUGGCAUUUCUCUACCUGUUCCGAUGAUUAGAAUUGGUUGAGUGAUCACCUGACAGGAAAAACAACUUGCCUUGGCCAAGGCUCUGUGUUUCUGCCUGCCUUCUCAAAUUCCCAAAAGAAAAAGAUUUUGAGUUUCUGAGAAGCAGGCUCUUGAUUGAGCCCCCUCUCCUACCUGUUCAGUGCUCCUCGUCUGAUUCAGAAGCACCACUUUUUGAAUAACUAGCACUGGAAAAAUGAAAUAAUCUGAAGUGAAGGGACUCCUUUUUCUUUUCUUUCACCCCAUGUAAAUAUUUAAAUAAUACAGUAUUAACAUUUUUUGUGCUGCUUCCCAUUAGCUUGUAGAUUGAGCCAUAUUCUGGCCACCUCUGCCUUCCUGGGGGCAGUUAUCUUUAACUUCCAGAAUAGUGAUUUUAAAACUUAAAAAAAAAAGAAAAAGAAAAAACAAAAUAACCUAUCCUUACUUACAAGCAUAACAGAUUGUAUUUAACUUUAUCACAUAUGAUAGAGAUAUAUAUGCUGUAAAAUGAGGGAAAGGAACUUUCUAAUAAACCAAUGAUUUGUGGAAA